AUGAGGGUGGUAGUAUGCAUGCUCUGGCUCCUGGGUCUCGGGGUGCCCCCAAGGUAGGGCUCCUGCCCCUCUCAUUGCAGCUGUAGCCUUCAGGUCCUGAGUGAUGGCAGCAAGACCAGGACUGUGGUGUGUAACGACCCUGACAUGACCCUGCCCCCAGCUUCUGUCCCGCUGGACACCUCCAGACUGCGCCUGGAGCGGACGGCCAUCCGCAGGGUGCCUGGGGAGGCCUUCAGGCUGCGCCGCCUGGAGCAGCUGUGGCUGCCCUACAACGCCCUCAGCGAGCUCAGCGCCCUCAUGCUACGAGGCCUGGGCCGCCUGCACGAGCUGAGGCUGCCUGGGAACCGCCUGACCGCCUUCCCCUGGGCCGCGCUCAGGGACGCCCCACAGCUGCGGCUGCUGGACCUGCAGGCCAACCGCCUUUCUGGGGUGCCUCCGGAGGCGGCGGGCUUCCUGGGGAACCUCACCUUCCUGGACCUCUCCAGCAACCAGCUGCUAAGGCUCCCGCAGGAACUGCUUGCUACUUGGACUCACCUGCAGACUGGGCUCUUCCUUCCUGGACGCCAAGGCAGAUUGGUCCUAGGUAAGAAACUGCAUCCUUCACUUGAAAGCACCUUGGUGAACGCUGGGGUCUUAAGCAACACAGUAUUGCUACGUUGUGGGGCCGCUGGGGUCCCUGAACCUCAUAUGAGCUGGAGGAGGGCCAACGGGCACCCACUGAAUGGCACAGUGCACCAGGAAGUCACCAGUGAUGGCACGAGCUGGUUGCUGCUGGGCCUGCGUACCGUGUCCCACCUGGUCGGAGACUACAUCUGCCAGGCCAAGAACUUCCUGGGAACCUCUGAGACUCGUGUAUCUCUGGUUGUCACUGAGCCCGGGGCUUCCACAGAACACAGUGGGAGCCCAGGGCCACUCUGGGCAAGGACAGGCGAGGAAAAGGAAGCUGCUGCCUACAAUAAACUGGUAGCCAGGCAUGUCCCCCACUUCCCCAAGCCUACCAUCCCAGCCACUGGGCCCCCUGUGUCCAAUACAAAGGAGGAGCUGACCCUUCAGCACUUGCAGGUGUGCCCAGGAGAGCACUUGGACACACAGGCAAGACCCCAGGAGGCCCGACUGGUGAGGUCACUCAAGGUGGUGGGAGACACUUACCAGAGUAUCACCUUGGUGUGGAAAGCACCCCAGGCUGGAAACACAACUGCCUUCAGUGUCCUCUACACAGUCUACGGGCAGCGUGACAUGCGGCAGGUGAUGGUGCAGCCUGGGAAGACCAGUGUCACCAUCCAUGGGCUGUCCCCCAAGACCAAGUAUGUGGCAUGCAUCUGUGUGCAGGGCCUGGUGCCCCAGAAAGAGCAGUGUAUCAUCUUCUCCAAUGAGGUGGUGGACACUGAGGGCACCCAGUGGCUCAUCAACAUAGUGGUGAUCACGGUGGCUGCAGUCAUCGCUUUGGCCCCCACGCUGCUUGUCUGCUGCGGUGCUCUCCAGAGACGCUGCCGCAAGUGUCGCUCAGGGGGUUCCACCGAGCUCGGAGGUACCUACAUCACUCUGGAGAGGCUUGGUCACAGUGAGGAUCACUCUGAGCAACUGUCCCGGCACAAUCUCAGUGAGGCUGACAGACUUCUCUCGGCUCAAUCCAGCCUGGACUCUCAGGCUUUGGGGGUCAGGGGUGGCAGACAAAUGAAUGAGUACUUCUGCUAA